AUGCCGCCGCUGCUGCCGCUGCUGCUGGCGCUGCUCGUGCCGCGUUUGCGCGCGGAGCUGACGAUGCGCGCACCGGUGCUGGUGCGCGAGCCGCCGCCGCGCGUGACGUACGCGGCGCGCGCCGGCGUGCGGCUCACGUGCGCCGCGCGCGCAGACCCGCCGCCCGACGUCACCUGGCUCGCCGACGACGGCGCAGUGCUGAGGGACCUGCCGCCGCACAGGCGCAUAUACAACAACGGCACGCUGGAGAUAUUGGCGACGAGCGCGCACGCGGCGGCGGCGCAGACGACGGUGCGGUGCCGCGCCGCCAACGCGCACGGCGUGACGCUGUCGCGCGACGUGACGCUCGUGCCGGUGGGCGAGGCGGCGUGGGAGGCGGCGGCGCGCGCGGGGGACGCGGCGGCGGGCGCGGUGGCGGCCGUGCACUGCGGCGCCGCCGACCCGCUGGUGCGGGCCGAGCUCUGGUACCGCGGCGACGUGCUGCUGCACCUCGACCCGCCCGCGCCAGAGUCGCGCUACCUGGUGGCUGGCAACACGCUGCUGAUCCGCGAGGCUGGCGCGGCGGACGCGGGCGCGUACAGCUGCCUGGCGCGCCACGAGCUGUCCGGCGCGGCCCGGCGCGCGCGCCCCGCCACGCUGUCCGUGCGCGGCGCGGGUCCCGCAUCGGCGCCGCGCCUGCUGGCCGCGCCCGCCGAGCUCAGCGUGCCGGCCGGCCAGCUCGUGUGUCUGCCGUGCGUCGCCUCCGACCACCCCCCGCCGCAGUACACGUGGUACCGCUCGCGCGAGGGUCGGCUGCAGCCGGCCAGCGCGCCGGAGGACGGCUGGGCGUGGGGGGGCGGCGCGGCUCGCUGCGUGCGCGCUGCCGCCCACCACGCCGGCCUCUGGAUCUGCAAGGCUUACAAUGUGUUCGGCGACGCCACCGCGCACACCACGCUGCACGUGCAGGACUCACUCAGCGUCACCGUCACGCCCACCGUGCUAGUGGCGCAGGCGGGCAGCACGGCGCGGUUCAACUGCAGCGCGUCGGACGCGCGCGCGGCGCUGGGCUGGCUGCACGACGGCGCGCCGGCGGGCGCGGGCGCGGCGCUGCUGCUGCGCGGCGUGGCGCGCGCCAGCCGCGGCGUCUACCAGUGCGUGGCGCGCCGCGCGCACGACUCCGCGCAGGCCGCCGCGGAGCUGCGCCUUGGCGGUGAGCGCGCGCUACAUUGA